AUGGCGGGCGGCAUGGAGUUGAGGUUAGACGGAGUGGUUGUGAAAGUGCAACGAGCAGAGACGGCGGGCGAGAUGAGGGGGAUGACCGCAUGCGCGAAGGAGCAAUCGGAGGAGUUAGAAGCGCAGGUGAAGAGGCAAGGCGAGGCCAUGGCAGCUCUGAAGCGAGAGGUGGACGAAAUGAGGCGCGCGAUGGCGAAGGGGGCGCUGGAGAUGAUGGGAGCGGCGGAGAUGAUGGGAGCGGCGGAGAUGAUGGGAGCGGCGGAGAUGAUGGGAGCGCCGGAGAACCACGGCGCGGGCAGUGCCGCGGCAGGAAAGGGCGUGAAGGGAUUGAAGGAGCAGGUGGAGGCGGCGAGAGGCGAGGCGAGGGACGCGGCGAGCGAGGUGAGGGCGUUGGUUACGCAGCAGGCGGCGGAGAUGGCGGACGUGCGCGCGACAGCGGCGCACAUUGACGCGCGGAUGAACGACGUGGAGCUGGCGGUGGCGGAGUGGAAGAGCGCGCGCGAGACGACGCGCGCGGAGUGCAGCGACGGCAGCGACGGCGGUGCGAAGGAGCAUAAAGAGGCGGAGGGGCGCGCGGGGAAGAAGAGGAAGUGGGAGGUGACAAGUGCGGCAGAUGACGCCGCUGAUGGUGACACGGCUGCCCAUGAGACGCGCGAUGACGCGGACGACACGGUAGUGGAGGUGGAAUGGCAGGAAGUGAAGGGCUGGUUUUUCGCGUUGGGAAGCAAAGUGGAGAAGCUGGAGAAGACGAGUGACGAGGGGAAAAGGAUAUGGGAGGCAAUGCUCACUCUGUGGGCGGCAGCACUACCAGACGAAACUCGAAUCAACCUCAGCGGCAUCUCCUGCCUCACCGACGCUGCUCUCAGCCGCCUCGCCUCAUUGCCCUACCUCACCUCAGUCACCCUCAAAGGCUCCUCCGGCUUCACGGCAGCAGGGAUGAGGAAGCUGUACUCCCUCACAGAGCUGGUCCGUUUGGAGCUAGGUUCCUCUGCCACAGAUGAUGCCGCCCUGGAAGGCAUUGCCUGCCUCAAGAACCUGCGCACCCUUGCAGUUAGCAACACCAACAUCACAGACGUGGGAGUGGCGAGGCUGCAAGAGCUGUAUUCUCUUACGAAACUGUGCAUGACCGGAUGUGCGUCUGUUACGUCUGCCAGCAUGGUGCAUGUGGGCAGAAUGACAUCGCUGGAGUGCCUCACGCUGAAUGGUAGUGGGGUGACAGAGGAUGGGCUGCAGCAUCUGACUGCCCUCAAGGUCUUCAAUCUGCCUCCAGGUGUGACUGACUCGGGCUUGAAGCACCUGCGGAGCAUGAAAAGCCUGGAGAGGCUUUCACUGAAAGAUGCUAGAAUCACCGCGGCAGGCAUGCAGUGGCUCAAGGGCCUCACGUCCCUCCAAAAGGUUUCGACUUCUUCGAGCGAGGUUGAGGAAUUUGUAAGGGACAUUCUUCCAGGGGUAAUUGCUACAUCAGGUCCCCUCAACGCGUGA